GUUUCGUUAUUGCGACUUUUGUGGAGCAAAUUGGGAUGUAUGUAUGAUGGUUUGGAGCAGGUCGGCUUGUGUAGGAAAUUAAAAAUCGAUUUCUCAGCUCCCUCUCAUUUCGUGGAGAAAAUAGCAAUGUAUGUCUACCGUAUCCUCACUGGUGUGCUCGAGUUCAAAAGAAAAAGUAUGGUUUGUAGGGUGCAUGCAAAAUGAAUUUGGAAAAGAGUUUCAAGGGAAAAGUGACCUGAAUACUGGCUGGUUGUGAAUGAGACUGCAUGCUGUGAGCGAAUGGUUGAAAAUUUACCUGCGGUAAGACGAGACCUUUUCAACCUACAACUAUAUUCGUUUCGCUUCGUCAUCAUUUCGAUGUCAUCGCAAUUCAUGCACAUCCCUUCAUACAACAAAAGAGUCCCGUGAGGUACCAUGCUUCUUUGCGAGGUGUUUCAUGCUCCUCUCAUACAACAAAAGAGCUUGGCGAAGUGUGGGUUGUGCUACUUUUGGUCGCUCUCCUUGCUGGCUACUGGUAUGCAAUCGGAUACCUUGGCGCGUGGAUCGCAGUAAGAGUCUUGCAUGGACGAGGACAUGGUGGGAACGUUGAAAAGGAGAUGGUGAGGGACGCACAGGAGCAAGAUGGACAAGAGCAAACCUCUCUACCUAGUAUUAAGGCCCAGAGCGAUUCAUUUUCAACAGAGUCUCUCUGUCACUUUUCUUUGUGUCCUUCAGUCACCUUCUCAGGUGAAUCUGAAGAAAUCAGCUGAAGAAGCGAAACGUUUUGAGCUCUAAUUAUGCUGGGCGCUGGGUCCUCAUCGAGAUCGAAGAGAGCACUUCUACAUCGGGAUCGGAGGUCUAUAUGAAUGAUGUUUUUUCUCCCACCAAUUAGUAGACCAUCUAGAUCUAGGCUGCCUCUAAUUUCCCUCUUAAAAGAACUGUAGACUAGGUUAGGGGGGAGCCUACCUUCGUUCUUAAAAGAACUGUAGACUAGGUUAAGGGGGAGCCUACUUUCGUUCUUAAAAGAACUGUAGACUAGGUUAAGGAGGAACCUACUUUCCCUCUUAAAGAACUGCACACUAGAUUAAGGGGAAGGAGCCUCGAUGGUCUUCGCUUAGAGGGGAGAAAAAAUGUCAUUCAUGAUGUGCAUGGCGCAAGGAGUGCCCAGGAAAUAUGCUGCUCCUUUCGCUCGAUGCGCAUGGUAUCCAAAGUUUGCAGCAUUGAAUGUGGCCUUCCCAAACCCCUUUGGAUUACCAGUGCCCCUCAUCAUAGCCCUUGCCAGGCAAAGGAAAUGGAUAGACCAAGAAUACGUAUGGGUGGGUUCUUUGGGUUAGUCUUGGCUUACAAUUGAUACACUGAAACAAGUCACAGCCUGCUUAACGAGAAGAAAUGCAUGUUGGUUGUUCGAAGGAAAAUAGAGGAAAUACAAAUUAAGAUCAAUUGCAUGAUACAUAGUCAUAGAUGAAGAUCUUCAAGGAGACCCUCUAAUCGUGGACCAGUUGUAUCUCUUGUUGCUAACUUAAAGGAAAGCCAUAGCCAGUAUCUCUAGUUACUAACUGACAAGAAAGCCAUAGCCAGUAUCUGCUCUAGUGCGCACCUCCCUUUCAAAGCCUCUCUAGUGCAGCAUACCUCGUCUCAUAUCAUCUAAUUCUCGCAACCGGAAUCGCGAUCUUGGUGAGUGCGCUAAUCAUCACCCUAAUAUGGACGUUUGGGGUGACAGUAUUAAACGGCUUGCAGGCCUUGCAUGGAGAGAAGCAAACACCUUUAUGCACGAAUGGAUGGAUGAUGUAGAAGUUGAAUGAACAAGUUCUAGUACUAGAGGUUCGUUCUUAAGGUGUUUCUAUAUCCUAUCGCGUUAAGGUGUCUUUAUACCCUAUCAUUGUAUGAUGUUGAUACUUAAAUGCAUGAGUGCAGCAGCACGUCGUGGUGCGUGUUGAUGGUGGUCCUCAGUGAUACAUGUUCGGUGCUACUAGAACACGGGUUGAUAUUCAUGGAGGGACACAAGCGGUGAUGAUCCAUGUUAAAUAAAGAAUGGUGCUGCUACUACUUAAUGACCGGCCUCAGCGUAACAACUACUACUUUCGCUUCCAAUAUUACUUCUAAUCCUCGGUGAAGAUAAAGCAGAAAGCUCACCUAAACCGAAGGAUGAAACUCCUACAGCAAAGGGAAGAUCAAGAGUAGAAAGCACUGUGCACACCAAUCAAGAAUCACACUCGUCGGAAAAAAACACACUCUCAAGAAUUCGCAGCAUGAUUAAUAAGGCUUCCCCUCGUACAUCUUCGGACGAAGCACCCCACCCUAAGUAAGACUAAGAGGCUUUUCAAGGGGAAAAGGAACCCUCCAGGGUGCACUGUCUUGAGAUGGAAGAUUGGCGCUAAUUAUAUGAGUUUGGCCUCUCUCUGGGAAGGUGUGAAGACAUGCCAUUGCAUCAACGCUGCGACGAUAUCACAAAGCAUCGCGCUUUUCAUCUUUACGGAGUUAGGAAAAGUGUAGUUCUUCUACUAACUUUAUCUCGUUUUUGCGGAGCUAGGAAAAGUGUAAGUAGUUCUUUCACUUCCUCAAAGGACCACCUCCAUUCUUGACUAGACGUUACGCUCAGAUCCUUUUGUUCUAAUCUCUCUUUGAUCCCAGCUUUCCGACAAUUUUACCGCUCCUCGAUUCUGCUAGAUUUAACGGUUUUUUUGGGCAGUCCGUUGUUGCCUUUGACGCUAGUGUUAAGGCAAGCAAAAGACCAUCCUCAAUAUGUAUCAUUCUUGGCCUUUAUCAUUCAACGAUUCUAAGAUCGUUGAUCGAUGCUCAGGCUUUUCGAGCAAAUUCAGUUUUUGGAUGAAUUUCCAGACUGGAAACUGCUAAAAGUAAAGCAUUUUAGCCUAGAAGGCUAAUCAGGGUGUUUUGUCCAAAGGGAGAAAGGGCUCAAAGAUGGCUCCAGGAAUGCGCCGCUCUAAUAGUGGCAUUGGGUUCGUCUCUUUUAGGAACUCGCUUAAUGGAUCACGUAACUGAGACGAUGCAGGCUGUGGUGACAAUAGCAGUGACCUCUCCAAUCCGACGCAUAAGUGAAAGGUCCUGGCGCUCACCAUCAUCAUCGAAAUUUGGAAGAGGAGGGGACAACAAUGAUACGUCUUCAGGAUCGAAAAUUAUUAGGAUUUAUAACUAACGCCAACUCUAAGUAACUGUAAUUCGUCUCGAACUUCUCAUCAAUCUAUUGUAUCCUCUUAGCUUCUCUCUCUGCUUCUUCCUUUAAGUCUUCUGGCACUUAUCUCAUGAUGAGGAUCUAAGAAAAACGUGUUUGGAACGAAUAGAGACGAGAACAAUGACGCGCACAUACACUUGUUCAAGGAGGGCCAACAUUCUUCGGCGGCAUCAGUGGGGAAUUUAAGAUCACUUAGCCCCUAUACCUCAUGAAUAGGUACAUCAACCAUACGGUAAGAGUAAGAGUCAGAAUUAGAAAGUAGGAGUAAAAGUGAUCAGUCAGCAGGCUCAGAGUCAGAUCGUACCCAAUGUGUUUACUUAUUAAUGCAAGGGAGUAUAGUGACUAUACCCAUGAGCUCAGUAAUGAUAAGCGUGCAAUCUAAUUGCGGGGAGGUCGGCGUCCUGCGGAAGCAACCCGAUUGAUUGGCCUAACCUCCUAACCUUCUAUCAAGAAGAACGUUCACAACUCUAAGAAAAGACUUACAUCAUCGUCAGAACAACAACGCCGCUGCCGGUUCCUCAGAGGCGGUUCUUACGAUGCGCGGCGCUUUUCUGAUCGUCUUUCUGAGACUGGUGGUAGCAAAUUCUCUGUCGAUUCCGUUGAUUCUCCUCCUCUACUACCACCGAGACGAUAAGAGCUUUAUGACAUGAGACUUAUGAGGACACUAGAGACAUUACGAUUUGGAUUUUUACUUUUACAAGACAGACAAUAAGCUAAGACUCAUGUUUAUGAACAUUAAUUAUGGAGCUAUGGCAUAAUCAUUUAUGAAGAUCACGUUGUGCGACACUUGUUGUUCAUGUUCGUCUUCCUCUAAACUAUUUCUCGUCACUUUUCUCACGAUUCCGAAUCGGGUGAUCGCUCUGUAUCUUUCGGUCCUGUCCGCAGCCCCUGCCGCGUCCAAUUUAUGGCUGCAGUAGCGCUUUGAAACUUCUAAAGGUCUUGUCGCUAUUCACUUACUCUUCAAAGCUUGGCGUUUAUAUCAUUUACGAGUCUAAAAAUCCUAGCUGCAAGCACUCGUCGUAUUGGACGUCCAGGUCUUACAAUGAAUUACGAAGUGGCAUCGUAAUUGGCUAGAGUUUGAUACUUCGUUAUUGAAGACAAGACUGACUAUUGUGCACACUACCAGAGAGCUGAGCACUCACCGGAGGCGUUGCACAGGGCUCCAGCCUGCCUUUGAAGGUGAGACCUAUGGGGCUGACAGGACGACGAUAGCGCCGCCCCUUGCUUAGUUCUAGCAGAUAGCAGGACGCUCCAGGAUACUUGUUGAUAGUUGCACUUUUCUCUUUUCUAUCUCCCUCUGGUCUUUCUUUUUUCUAGUUAGGUCGGCUCCGCCACGACUAUAAUUAGAGCCUCAAUGUGCAGAGCCUCUUGCUGUAACAACAAGCAAUCCACAACCAAGAAUGAUCCUCUCUCAUCUUAAUCUUAGAAAGAGUAAGAACCUCUUCUAACAACAAUUACUUUAGUCUCCAUGACCCAAAGUGUCUUGGUCAAACCUAUGUCUACGGUUUUCGCGACAAUGCAGCUCUGUGCCAUCCUGACCAUGACAUUGUCGAUCACAAUUGCGGUAGCUUUUUUGGAAGACGAUGUCGAUGGGUGAUAGAUUCACUCUAACCAUGUCGAUGGGUGAUAGAUUCACUCCAAGGUCGAUGUAUGAUAGAUUCACUUUAACCAUGUCGAUGGGUGAUAGAUUCACUCUAGCCAUGUCGAUGGGUGAUAGAUUUAGAUGCACUCUAACCAUGUCGAUGGGGCAUUGAUGAUUUUAACGAUGACUCACGGAUUUUGAUCUUGUUUCGAAGAUGAUGACGCUGUGGAGAAUUAUCCAUUUGUGGCGAUGAGAGUUCGUUCCUCUACUUCCUCGACGGAAGUUAAUCAAUUUCUUUGAUUGGUAAUGGGAAAUUCAUGACUUAGACUUUUCCGACUUUCCAAGGUAUUGAAUAUUGUCACAAGAAAAAUCGACAAGAAAUAUUUAUACUGAUAUACGCUGGGACGAUUGACUCCCAUCUUCUGAGGUGGACUACCAUUCAAGAAUGAUAUAAAAGGCAGGUUGAACC